GAGCAAAGCGUGAACGUCCCUUAUGAGGCCUGUGUGAACGAGUCACUUAAAAUGGCGACGGAGGAGCCGGAAAUAAACUCAAAUUCCUGUAAGAGUGAAGAGGAGAACUCAGAAGAGACCAACAAAGAAAUCGUCAGCCCUGAGAGCUACAUGAAACACCCACUUCAGAACAGAUGGUCUUUAUGGUUCUUCAAAAAUGACAAGGCUAAAACAUGGCAGGCAAACCUCAGACUGAUCUCCAAAUUUGACACAGUAGAAGAUUUCUGGGCGCUUUAUAACCACAUUCAGGUCUCCAGUAACUUGAUGUCAGGUUGUGACUACUCCCUUUUCAAGGAUGGUAUUGAACCCAUGUGGGAGGAUGAGAGAAAUAAGAGAGGUGGCCGCUGGCUCAUCACUCUCAACAAACAGCAGAGGAAAUACGACCUGGACCGUUUUUGGUUGGAAACUCUUUUGUGCCUCAUCGGCGAGGCCUUCGAUGACCACAGCGAUGAUGUGUGUGGUGCCGUAGUCAAUGUCAGAACGAAAGGAGAUAAAAUUGCAGUCUGGACAACUGACUAUGAGAACAGAGAUGCUAUAACACACAUAGGGAGGGUGUACAAGGAACGGUUAGGCAUCCCUAUGAAUAUGACCAUUGGCUACCAGUCUCAUGCGGACACAGCCACUAAGAGUGGCUCCACUACUAAGAACAAAUUUGUGGUCUGAAAAUCAUCAAGGGCCUGAAUUUUCUCUCCCUCCAUCCCGUCUCUUUCUCUAUCCCUUAAAACCGAAGCAACAACAAAAAAUGGACGCAAACAGCUAUGAACCCCUUCAAAUAGACUUUUCCCAAAAGCCCUUUAAAAACACAUUUCUGGACUUCAACUUAAACAUAAACUAUGAGGAUUGUGGCACAGACAGAGUUGUAAAAAUAAUGAUACCUCUGCUGCUUGUUACAUUUACACACACAUUUUUUUUAUUAGUUUUACUUCUGUACCACCCUUACACUACAGAGGGUGUUCUCUCUUUAACCAAACAUUUAACAUUCACACUACACAGUUUCCUUGAAAAAGGAUCCCUUGUUUAAUCCUUCUAGUCUUGUUAAGAGUUUGUAAAAUAUAUCUUUUUUUUUUCUUUUUUUUUUUUUUAUGAAAAGGAAAAAUUGUCAAUUUAUUUUAUGAAAAAGGAAAUGUAUGUGUUCUUUUAUCCAGCAGCUUCGCUGCUUCAGUUCCUAAUGAAUAUAAACAUAAUUUAUUCAGAGUAAUCCUCAACAUUUCAUUGAGAUGAUAUUUGGCCAUUGAGUUGUAAUCAAGAUCAGAACUGCCACAGAACUGCCUUACUUUAAGCAUUAACUUGAUUAAAUUUGGGGGUUUCAAUUCAA